GGACAUGGGGGGACUGAUGCAUGGAUCCUGAAGGUAUCCUCAGCUUCAGCUCAGCGUCCCUCUGCCCCUGGGGCUGCUCUGGCUACACUCUGGCGUUUCUUUGAUUGCUGUGUUGGCAGUCACCUCCACGACAAGAGGGGAGAUCUCUAGAGGGCAGAGGAUAGAGAGUGGGGUUCUUUCCUCUCUCUCUCCCCUUUCUUGCCUGUUCCUUUCUAAGUUCAAGCCAGAAUAAUGGGUGCAGAGCUCUGUAGGGUGACUUUGAAGCGAAUGGUUUGCUGGCUCUCUACUAAAGUCAGCAGCUGUACUCUUGCAGCCAUGUGCUGGGACAUCAUCUGUCUGCCCUCAGCAGACAGGGAAACUUGAUUCCCUAACCAGUCAGGAGAGAAGCUAGCACUGAGAGGUCAAAUGACACCACUGCUUCAUCCAUCCACUGCCUCGGCGCCAGGCCUGGGGGGUGACAAUGCCACUCAGGAGUUGAAUAAAAGAUGCUGUUUCCUUUGGAGAUUGCAGCCCCAAGACAGUUGCUGGGAAGUGUAAAGAUAUUGAGUCUCAGGCUAAGGUUUGCAGGGAGAGCUCCUGGGGGUGGCUUCCAAGCCCUCUACUCCAAUUCCUUUCUCUUGGGCUCAUUAUCAUGUGAUUACAGUGAUAGUUUUCUCAGCAGCAACUCUGGGCUGCUGACUUUCAUGUCUAAAUGGACAUUUAACCUCUCAUCCACUUAAGGAGGCAGUGUUCUCCCUGACUGUAGGCAAUGUGGUCCUGUAGCUCAUCACUAGGAAAGCCAGAAUUUAAAUCAGAGUUGUCAUCUCAACAAUAAUGGUAACAAUGAUAAUAACAAGUGUAGCUGGUACUUAUCAUGGGCUUACUAUGUGCUGGCCAGUACUUUCAGAACUUUGUAUUAACCAAUAUUUACAAUAGGCCCAUAUGGUACUAUCAUAUCUUCAUGUGAGAGAUGGGAAGUUGGAAGUAGAGAAAUAUGUAGGCUUUUACCCAAGUCAUGUAGUGGGGAACUGGCGGAACGGGUUUAAAUUGGGCUUGCUCAUCUUAACACCAAGAGGCAACCAGGGUGAAGAAUCAGGUUUUGUUUGGGCUGCAAAAGACAGAACUCUAUCCCCAAUAACAGUGGUGUGAAUGGAAGUUUGUUUCUGUCUCACUUGAAAGAAACUUUGCAGUGAGUGCUCAGGGCUCAGAUGGUGUCUCCUGCAAUCUUGUCAUUUGGCCAUCUGCAUUGUGGCUUCUAUGUCCCUGCCCAAGGUAGUUGCUCCAGCUCUACUCAGUACAUCUUCACCCCAGACAGCAAAAGGGAGGAUGGAAGGACUGCAGAGGGGCAGCCCUCCCUUUAAGAACAAUUCCCAGAAGUCUUGUGUGAUCUUUUUGUUCAUUUCCUAUUGGUCAGAACAUAGUCACAUUACCAUGUCUAGCUGCAGGAGAGACUAGGAAAUCAUGUGACAAGCCAAAAAACGAGGACUCCCUACUCAAGAUGAAGGCGUCAGUGAAUAUUGGGAGUGCAUAAUCUCUCCUGCUAUUCUCUGGGCACUUGGAAGCAGGUGGAAUGCUAUGGAAUAUGAUGAGAAGCUGGCCCGGUUCCGGCAGGCCCACCUCAACCCCUUCAAUAAGGAGCUGGGGCCAAAGCAGCAUGAGCAGGGACCUAGUGAGGAGGCCCUGGACAUUUCUUCUGAAGAGACCCUGCCUGAGCUGCCCCCUGGGGAGCCUGGGUUCCACUGCUCUGAGCGCGUGAUGGACCUUGGCCUGUCUGAGGACCACUUCUCCCGCCCUGUGGGUCUGUUCCUGGCCUCUGAUGUUCAGCAACUACAGCAGGCAAUCGAGGAAUGCAAGCAGGUGAUCCUGGAGCUGCCCGAGCAGUCGGAGAAGCAGAAGGACGCAGUGGUGAGGCUCAUCCACCUGCGGCUGAAGCUCCAGGAGCUGAAGGACCCCAAUGAGGAUGAGCCCAACAUCAGGGUCCUGCUUGAGCACCGCUUCUACAAGGAGAAGAGCAAGAGUGUCAAGCAAACCUGCGACAAGUGCAACACCAUCAUCUGGGGACUCAUUCAGACUUGGUACACCUGCACAGGGUGUUAUUACCGCUGCCACAGCAAGUGCUUGAGCCUCAUCUCCAAGCCCUGCGUGAGCUCCAAAGUUAGCCAUCAAGCUGAGUAUGAGCUGAACAUCUGCCCUGAGACAGGGCUGGACAGCCAGGAUUACCGCUGCGCUGAGUGCCGGGUGCCCAUCUCUUUGCGGGGCGUGCCCAGUGAGGCCCGUCAGUGCGACUACACAGGCCAGUACUACUGCAGCCACUGCCACUGGAACGACCUGGCCGUCAUCCCUGCACGAGUGGUGCACAACUGGGACUUUGAGCCCCGCAAGGUGUCUCGCUGCAGCCUGCGCUACCUGGCGCUGAUGGUGUCCCGGCCAGUGCUCCGCCUCCGGGAGAUCAACCCUCUGCUCUUCAACUACGUGGAGGAGCUGGUGGAGAUCCGGAAGCUGCGCCAGGACAUUCUGCUCAUGAAGCCAUACUUCAUCACUUGCAAGGAGGCUAUGGAAGCUCGUCUGCUACUGCAGCUCCAGGACCGGCAGCACUUUGUGGAGAACGAUGAGAUGUACUCCAUCCAGGACCUGCUGGAUGUCCACCUGGGCCGCCUGGGCUGCUCGCUCACUGAGACCCACACACUCUUCGCCAAGCACAUCAAGCUGGACUGUGAGCGGUGCCAGGCCAAGGGGUUCGUGUGUGAGCUCUGCAGAGAGGGCGAUGUGCUGUUCCCAUUUGACAGCCACACAUCUGUGUGUGCCGACUGCUCAGCCGUCUUCCACAGGGACUGCUACUACGACAACUCAACCACCUGCCCCAAGUGUGCCCGGCUCAACUUGAGGAAGCAGUCACUCCUCCAGGAGCCCGAUCCAGACUUGGAUGCCUAGAGCUCUGGGCACACCACCAGCCUAUCUGGCACCCACCCCACUGGCGUUGCAAAGCCAGGGUGCUGUUUCUGCCCUGAAGACCCUUUGGGUGCAUCCCUUGGAUGUCUUCACUCCUGCUGGGCCAGAAGUGGGUGAGCAGUGCCCACCAGGACUGAUGCUCUCCAGGUGCUGGCUGGACUUGGGGCAUCUGCACCUGGCUGUUAACUUGGUGUGCUGCUGUGAGGGGUCACAGUGUAGUCCCUACCCUCCACCCCCACUAGAGGAUUUCUUGGUCAGGGUGAGACUUUCUAGGGGGAUAGGGAAGGACCUCUUGCUUCCCCAAUCCCCUAGGGCCAAGGCUUCUGGGUUCUAGAGAUGUCCCUCCCUGCUCCUGUCCAAGCCACUCUGCAACUGGUCAGGUAAAGACCCCCAGAGGGCUUCAGAGGAGUGGCCAGUGAGACCUGAGCCUGCCAGCUGCAUACAUCCAGCCUUGGGCCUGUUCCAUCUGCUCUGGCAGAGGCUUUGGAUUCUACCUGAAGACCAACCCUCCUGGUCCCUUGCCUCUUUGGGAGCUUCUGGUCAUCCCUGGCUGGGGCUCUUCAAGGUUGUGUCCAUGGCACCACCUGAGGUCCUUCUAAGUCAUCCAUGGGCCGUCAGUCCAUUGGGUCCCUGCCCUCCCUGAUCAGGAAAGGGAGGCUUCCUGCUGAGGGGCUUCUCCUGGUGGGUGCGCUUGCUGCUGCUCUUGCUCUGGCACAGCCCCCUUAUCCUGGUGCUCUGAGAUGAGUGGUGGUGGGCCCAGCCCAAGAAGGGUGUCCUGGCCUCUGGUGUGUAGCAGGAACUGGGUCCCUGGAGGAGGUCCCAGGUCAGGUAAAGGAGUUGGGUACAAUAGGCCUGUGUGGCAUUCCUUGGGAUCACAUUUGUCCCUGGAGCUUCGUCUUGCUGCCAGUCUGGGAAGAGCUCCAGAGAGCUCAGAGAUGACCAUCCAGAAAGUUUUGGUUUGGGGCCUGAGGCCUGAGAAAUGGGAAUAUUUGCUGGAGGAAGAAUGAAGCAGGAGGUGUAGAGCUCAUGCAGGAAUGUCCAGACCUGGAAGGUGGGUAGGACCCAGGCUUUUCAGUGGGAAGGCCACUCCCAGCCUUGGGGUUUGCACCUUACAGGCCCUAGGGACGGGAUGUUGCAGGAGGGGAUGUCAGGACAUGGUCUCCUAGUCGUCUGUCCCUGGACAGCUGGGAUUGCUUUGUCUGUCCCUUUCCUCCCCACCCUAGACUGUGCUUGGCUUUGGACAUACACAGGUGGUGGGCAGAGGGCAGGUGAUGGCUAUCCAUCACAUGUGACUAAGCCCAAGAGACACUCCAGCCAGCAGGACACAGCCCAGCUUGCUGGCUCAUUCUGGGGGUGGGGGGUGGGACUGAAACAGCACCCUCCUUGUCCGGCUGUGCCACCAGUUGGCUUGAGGCAAGGCGCUUGCUGUGUUUUGCCUCAGUUUCCCCAUCUGGAAAAUGGGGAAAGUGGUAUUGACCUACCUCAGGGUGGAACAGUGACAAGGGGACACUGCUGAAAUUCUUUAAGGAGUGUGACAUGAGUCGGAUCAGUGGUGGGUCCCUAUCCUGCUUCCCCUUUCUCUUUGGGAUAGAAUGGGUGGGGGCAAAGGCUAAGUGCCCUUUUCCUAUACCCCUAAAUCUGCAUGUCUAUCACUACUGCAUCACAUUUCUGUCACGUGGAUAUUGGUCAUUCCUGAAUCUUCUGUGUAGUCAACAUCACGUUAUUCUAGUUACAAAGUAUUAUGUCCUUAGAAAACAUCUGUAGGCUGGCAUUUGUUGGACAAAGCGUUGGCUCCCACUUUUUAGAUAUUCCCCACUCCUCCCACUACUACUGUGCUUUUUUUAAACUCACCUCUAUACCUUGUCCCCUAACACCUCUUCUCUACCUUUCUGGAUGACAGUCGUCUUUAAUUAGAAUCAUGUGUGGGACCUUCUACUAGUCACAGCAUGAUAGGAAGAACCACAGCCAGAAGUUGAUUUGCAUGGCCAGCAUCUUAUAGAAGACUACACCCAAAGAUACCCAUAGCGUGGAACACGGAUGGCCUGAGGAAGGCCCAGUUACAGUAAUGCCACCAUCUGUGUCUUAUUAAAUGUGUUCUCUAGA